AUGGGGUUGAUGAGGCUACAUGGAAGCCCGAAGAGGCUAUGUGAAAACAAUACCCAAAUCUCUUCACAGAUUGACGCACAGCAAGAGAGCUUUGAGAAGCUUAAGAUUGUACUAAUGGAGGCCCCUUUUCUAAUACAGUCAGAGUCUGGAAAGGAGUUUACUAUGUACAGUAGUGCAUCAGAUGUCAGUUUGGUAUGUGUAUUGAUGCAAGAGGGUAAGGUGGUAGCUUACGCGUCUCGUCAGCUUAAGACUCAUGAGGUGAAGUAUCCAACGCAUGACUUGGAGUUGGCCCCAGAGGAGCUAAAUCUUAAGCAGCGUAGAUGGAUUGAGCUGCUUAAGGAUUACGACUGUACAAUUGAAUACCACCCUGGUAAGGCUAAUGUGGUGGCCAACGCAUUGAGCCGUAGGGCUGUGAUUGAUCUGAGGGCGAUGUUUGCUCGUCUCAAUUUAUUUGAUGAUGGUAGUAUGUUGGCCAAACUCCAAGUUAAACCGACAUGGAUAGAGCAAAUUAAGGGUAAACAGUUGGAGGACGAGUCUUUGGGUCUUCGCUUCCGACAAAUUGAGAGUGGGAAUACUGUAGAUUUUGGACAGAAUAGUGAAUGGGUUAAGGCUGAACAUCAAUUACCUUUAGAAUUGCUGCGGCCAGUCAAGAUUCCGCUUUCGAAGUGGGAUAGUGUAAGUAUGGAUUUCGUUAGUGGGUUACCCUUCAUGCGCACUAAGAAGGAUUCGGUGUGGGUUAUCGUGGAUCGAUUGACCAAAUCCGCCCACUUCAUACUAGUUUGUACUGAUUACUCUUUGCAGAAGCUGACUAAAUUGUAUGUGUCUAAAAUAGUAAAACUACAUGGGACUGACAAUAAGUCAGAGAGGGUGAUUCAGAUACUGGAGGAUAUGUUGAAAAGUUGUGUGAUUGACUUCCGAGACAGUUGGGAGGAUUACCUACCGCUAGCAGAAUUUGCGUAUAACAACAGCCAUCACUCUAGCAUUCAGAUGGCACCCUACGAGGCAUUAUAUGGUCGUUGGUGUCGCACACCUUCAUGUUGGACUGAGUUGGGCAAGCGGCGUGUUCUGGGCCCUGAACUAGUUUCUGAUACCGAGGAUAAAGUUAGACUGAUUCAGGACCGAUUGAAAGUGGCAUCUGAUAGGCAAAAGUCCUACGCUGAUCUAAAGCGUUGA